AUGGAAUCAAGACCAAGCUACUCUUUGCUCUCUUUUGUUUUCAUUCUCACAUCUUACUUGCUGAUCCUAUGUCGGUCAAUAUCAAUAGUCAAGAGACUUCCUGGAUAUGCAGGUGAUCUUCCUUUCCAACUUGAAACAGGUUAUGUUGGAGUAGGAGAGAAGGAAGGCGUACAACUGUUUUACUAUUUUGUUGAGUCAACAAGAAAUGCAGAAUCCGAUCCAUUAAUAUUUUACAUUCCGGGUGGCCCGGGCGCAUCUGCCUUAUUUACAUUGUUAUAUGAAAUAGGUCCACUCAACUUCGACUUUGAUAAUGGCCCAAAUAAUAUCACAUUAAUCUUGAAUCCAAACGCAUGGACACAGAUUGCAAAUAUCAUAUUUGUCGAUAUACCGGCUGGUACUGGCUUUUCAUAUUCUGAAACAAAAGAUGGAUGGAUUAGCAGCGACAACAUCUUGGCUACUCAUGCUAAAGAGUUUAUAAAGAAGUUUCUUGUUGAGCAUCCACGAUUCCUAAACAAUCCGCUCUACAUAGCAGGGAUUUCUUAUAUGGGUCUCCUCGUUCCGAAAAUCACUCUAGAAAUAUUUGAAGGUAAUGAGCGUGGAGAUCAACCAACAUUAAAUAUUCAAGUAAUUUUCUAUACCCUCAAAAUACUACAACAAAAUACACCAUCACUCAUGGCCAUAUCCGAGGGUAAUUUAUGGGGCUACAUUCUUGUUAGUCCACUUACGGAUAAGUUCAAGGAUAUUAAUUCAAGACUUGAAUAUGCUCAUCGUAUGGCACUCAUAUCAGAUGAUACUUAUAAGACUGCGAUAAAGUAUUGUCAUGGUAACUACAUGGACAUUGAUGCAAGCAACUCAUUAUGUGCAAAUAGUCUUCGUCAAUAUGAAGAGUGUACCAGUCACAUUAGUUUUGAUAACAUUUUGCAACCUUUUUGUGACGAUAAUGAUCCAAUGCAAUAUUGUGAAAGCGAUUUUAAUGCGGUUGCAGCGACCUGGGCAAAUUCUAAAGUUGUACAACAAGCUAUCAACAUCCGUCAAGGAACAAUUGGAAAAUGGGAGUUGCGCAACUCUACCAUGCAUUAUGAUCAGGGAAAGAAUGACACAUUUUGUUAUUCUUAUGACAUUUUUAGUAGUUUUCAUUAUCAUAAGAAACUUUCUAGCAAACAUUGUCGAUCUUUGAUUAUGAGUGGCGACCAUGAUAUGACAUUUCCAUAUGUUGGCAUUGAGCAAUGGAUUGCUUCUCUCGAUCUUGGGGUUGAAAACCCAUGGAAGCCGUUUUUUAGUGAUGGUCAAGUCGGGGGAUAUGAAACGAAAUAUGCACACAAUAAUUAUUCGUUGACGUUUUCUACGGUUAAAGGCGCAGGACAUUUGGUGCCAUAUUACAAGCCGAAAGAAAGUAUGGUACUAAUAGCGAAAUGGUUUUCUUCACAAGUUUAUUCAAGUGACUCUUAAUUAAUUAAGAGAUGGUUGAUUUACGGAUGCUUAGAAAUAUAAGAUCAUGAUAUGGUACUGAGAGGAAAGUUGUUUUCUUUACAUAUUUUAUAGUUGUAGUUUUGAGAAGACAAUCACAUGCAUAUUGC